UCCAAAUAUAGAAGAUUCGUGCGAUAGCAAUGCAAGAACACGCACCCGGGACUUCAGGCGUCGUCGUCGCUUCCCUGUCGUCCAAUUAGGGAUGGUGGAGAUUUUUGGGUCUUCCGAGCAUCGAUUUCCUCUCAAUGCUGUGGAGCAAUGGCGUCCUUCCCAUGGAGGAGAGGGAAGACCAACCUCCUCUAACCCCAAAAGUUGUCAACUUUUUCGACUUCCGGAGGUAGGACGCGAGAUUUUGGCUUGUGAAUGUGGUCGAUUUCGAUAAGAUCUUUGCUUCUGAUGAUUCCAGUGCGAAAAGCUUAAAUUUUGAGAUUGGGGAAGGAUCGAAGACGCUCGCGAAAUGGAGACGAAGAUGCCAGGGCUUAGGAAUAGGAGCGCUUCGGCUAGAUUGAGGGUUCCGAGCUCGAAGAACAUCCGGUCCUUGGACCGCUGCGCUACGUUCGUCGAUGAAGACACGACGGUGUUCGUGGAGAUGGCGCAGAACAAUAAAGAAGAAGGCAACCGGCUGUUCCAGAAGCGGGAGUAUGAGGACGCCCUUUUCAAAUACGAAAAAGCCAUCAAGCUGCUCCCGAAGAACCACAUCGAUGUCGCGAACCUCCGCAGCAACAUGGCGUCUUGCUACAUGCAGAUGAAGCCCGAGGACUUCCACCAAGCGAUCAACGAGUGCAAUCUCGCCCUCGAGGUCUGCCCUAAUUACAGCAAAGCCCUGGUGAAGAGGGCCAAGUGCUUCGAAGCCCUGGACAGGUUGGAUUUGGCCAGCGAGGAUGUGGAUCUUGUUUUGAGUUUGGACCCGAACAACAUCGCUGCGUCGGAGAUCGCCGAGCGAGUGAAAAUGGAGAUCGAGGAGCAUGGCGUGAGGCUGGACAACUGGGAAGUUUCUCCACUUCCUGAAACUCCUGUGGAGAGACAGAAGCUGAAGAAGAAGAAGAAGAAGAGCCACAAAUCUGUGGAGAAGAUUGUGGUUGUGGAGGAGAAGCAUGUUGAAGUCAAAGAAGAGGCCAUGAAGACUGUGAAGCUGGUAUUUGGAGAAGACAUCAGAUACGCACAGGUUCCAGCGAAUUGCACCAUAUUGCAGUUGAGGGAGAUCAUUGCUAACAGGUUUCCGAAAUUGAAGGCUUUCCUCAUCAAGUUCAAAGAUCAAGAUGGUGACUUGGUGACGAUCACUACCUCCGAAGAGCUGAUGAGUGUAGAAGAAUCUGCAGGCUCACAAAGAUCUGUUAAGUUGUUCAUCAUCAAAGUUAGACCUGAGGAUGAUCCCUUGUUUGAGGAGGUUAAGAAGAAGGAAUCAUCUAAGAGAAGCUACUCCGGCGACAAAUCCCCCUCAGUUUGCGUCGACGACUGGAUCAUGCAAUUUGCUAUACUGUUCAAGAACCAUGUCGGCUGUGAUUCUGAUGAGUAUCUGAACCUUCAUGAGUUAGGAACUAAGGUUUACUCUGAGGCAAUGGAAGAAACCAUUACAAGUGAAGAGGCACAAGAGAUUUUUACACUUGCUGAGAAGAAAUUCCAGGAGAUGACAGCUUUAGCUUUGUUCAAUUGGGGAAAUGUGCAUAUGUCUCGGGCGAAGAAGAGGCUAUGCUCGUCGUCGGAAGAUGCUAGCAAGGAGUCGAUGCUAGCGAUGAUGAAAGCUUCUUAUGAAUGGGCUCAGGCUGAGUAUGUUAAAGCGGGAAACAAGUAUGAAGAAGCUUUGAAACUUAAGCCUGACUUCUAUGAAGCUCUUCUUGCACUUGGAUUCCAACAGUUUGAACUAGCAAAGCUUUCAUGGUGUUCUGCCAUAGGAAACAAGGCAGACGUAGAGGAUGAGCCUUCAACAGAUGCUGUCCUAAAACUAUUCAACCUUGCCGAAGAGAACAUUGAGAGGGGGACACGAAUGAGGGAAGAGAUGAAAGAACAAACAUUAGAGGAAGUGCCUAAACCUGAUGGGGAAAAGGUUAUGCUGCAAAAGAUGGGUUUGGAAGACUAUUUCAAAGAUCAGUCGACUCAUGAAACACCAGAACAAGAUUUGCAUAUGAAGUCUCAAAUAAAUACAUUGUGGGGAACUGUGCUUUACGAGCGAUCGGUUGUGGAAUUUAAAUUGGGCAUACCUCUUUGGGAGGAGUGUCUCAUGGCAGCAAUGGAGAAAUUUACUGUGGCAGGAGCUUCUCCAGCAGAUAUUGCUGUCAUGGUUAAAAAGCAUUGUGCCAAUGAAACUACUCAAGAAGAUCUGUGUUUCAAGAUUGAUGAAAUAGUUCAAACAUGGAAUGAGAUGUAUGAUGCAAAACGGUGGCUAAGUGGCGUUUCAUCUUUCAAACUUGAGCCUCUACUUCGAAGGCGAGUUUCCAAGUUGCACAACACAUUGGAGCACAUAUGAUGUAUAUAUUUCUGAAAAUGUUUUGCUUCCUGCUGUUCGCACUAUCAUAGGUCCUUUUUACUUCAUACAAUUGAAGUCUGAGAGAGUUUGACUGUAUCAUAUAUUUUUUUUAUACUAAAAUACAUAUCUAACAUUGUAUAACAAAGUCAUUAUUUCUCAAGCUUGAUCUUUAUUUGAAA